AUGAAGUUCUCCACAGUCUUGGCAAUUGGUUCUGUUUUAGCCACUGCUUUUUCUCAACCACUAUCUCUUGGAAAGCGUGCUAUCAAUAAUACCGCUAUAGAAGAUGCUAUUCCUCCAUCCACUAAAAACAAUAUUCAAGCAAGUUAUGGUAGACCAUUCUCAAUUUAUCAACCAAAAGUAUUCAUUAUUUCCAUGUUUUCUUAUGAAAGAGAUCCUUGGUUAGAAUCUUUAGAUUUCAUUCAUAAUAUUACUUUACCGGGUUUAUCUCCAGUUUAUCCAACUCUUUAUUGUACCACUAAUUUCACCAUUUGUCAAAUCACUACCGGUGAAGGUGAAAUUAAUGCUGCUUCUUCAAUCACUGCAUUAGGUUUAAAUCCAUUAUUUGAUUUAUCAAAAACUUAUUUUUUAAUUGGUGGUAUUGCUGGUGGUGAACCAGCUUAUACUACUCUUGGUGGUGUUACAUUUGCUAAAUAUGCUGUUCAAGUUGGUUUACAAUAUCAAUUGGCUUAUCUUGAUUAUAUUAAGGAAGAACCAGAUUGGAUUUCAGGUUAUGUUCCAUAUGGUGUAGAUGAUCAAUAUACUUACCCAGCUAAUGUAUAUGGUACUGAAGUUUUCGAAGUUAAUGAAGCUUUAAGAAACAGAGCUGUUGAAUUAGCUUUAAAAGUUGAAUUAAACAAUGGUACUGCCCAAAAUGCUUAUAUUAGAUCAUUAUAUGAUGAAGAAGUUGCUCAAGGUUUACCAACUAUCUUCUCUUGUGAUGUUGUUACUUCUGAUAACUAUUUCACUGGUAAUAUCUUGAACGAUUACUUUUCCAACUUGACUAAGGUCUUGACUAAUGGAAGUGCUACUUAUUGUUCCACUGCUCAAGAAGAUAAUGCCUCAUUAGAAGCUUUUACUAGAUUAGAUAAAUAUGGUUUAGUUGAUUUUGAUAGAGUUUUAGUCAUGAGAACCAUAUCUGAUUUCUCAAGACCACCUCCAUCUAUUAAUGCCGUUGAAUUCUUCUUCAACACCUCUCAAGGUGGAAGUAGUGCUGCUGUUGCCAAUAUCGUUUUAGCUGGUACUCCAAUCAUUCAUGAUAUUCUUACUAAUUGGGAUAAAGUUUAUGAAGCUGGUCUUAAAUACCAAUCCAAGAAUUACGUCGGUGAUAUCUUAGCUACCUUAGGUGGAACCCCAGAUUUCGGAAAAGCUUCCUUUGAAGUCGCAUAA